UAUUGAAUUUGUUUCCGAUUUGUUUGAUCGCAUUUAUCGUUCGAUAGUUUUAAGUUGUUUUUUUUUCGUGGUUCCAUCCAUUACAAGGGAACCAAAGUUAUCUUUCGACAUUUUGGAAGCUGUCGGAUGCGCUUUUUUCACCUCUAAUCCCUCUACCCAUUUUAAGCAAAUUGUGCGCGUAAUCUGGCACCCUUUACGCUUUUUAUUCUCCAUAUCUGUUGCGUAUUUUGCGCAUCACUGAGCGGAGCGCUAGCGUCGGCAGCCAAACCACGUCAUUCAGUGAAAGAACUCCCCCCUUUUUCUCCCUGUUGGUCCAACAUCCACAUUUAAGAAACAACUGGAUCAAGAUUUUGGGUCAGAAGCACAGCCAUUAUGACCGGAUUUCGGCUGAACUUCUCACCGCUGAAGGAGCCCCUCGGCUUCGUCAAACUAGUGGAGUGGCUCACUGCGGUGUUUGCAUUUGGAAGCUGCGGUGGAUUCUCAGGGAAGAACAUCCUAACAGUGUUAUGUGGUGAUGGCAGAAAUGAAACUCUCAACGCAAAUUUCCACUACCCAUUCAGGUUGAGCCAAGUCCCGCUCAUUGAGGGCAACACCACUGUCUGCAACCACUCUGUCACGUUGACACACAUGGUUGGAGACUCGACGUCCUCGGCGGAGUUCUUUGUGGCCAUCGCCAUCAUCUGCUUCCUGCACAGCAUGGUGGCUCUGUUGGUGUAUCUAGGCUACAUGCAUGUUUACAAGAACUCUGAAUUUGGGCCCAUUCUUGAUUUUGUUGUCACAGCAAUUCUGGUCUUCCUGUGGCUUGUGAGCUCGUCUGCCUGGGCGAAAGGAUUGCAGAAUGUAAAGUAUGCUACGGACACUGAAGGCCUCAGUGCCACACUGGAUCUCUGCAAGGAAAGCAGCAUCACCUGUGAGGUCACGGAGUAUGCCAACAUGCGGACGCUCAACAUUUCUGUGGUAUUUGGCUACCUAAACAUGUUUGUGUGGGCAUUCAACGCCUGGUUUGUCUACAAGGAGACUCGUUGGCACUCCCAGAAAUUCUCCUCUCCUCCCGGACCUGGAAGGCAACAUGUCCCUGUAACCAUCUAACAUAAAAAAAAACAAGAACACAAACACACAGUCACAUGCUAAUAAUCAUACUGCAGAUAUCAACUUGUGCACUCCACACAAAGCACAGGGACCAACAAUUUGAGCACAUGCACAUACACUGACAGUAUGACAACAUGUGAGUAAUAAUCCAAAUGAAGGAUAAAUUGAUAUACGGUCAGUUUAAAAAAAACGGACCUCAAAAUGUUGCAUCAUUCCUUACACCUGUAUGGCGCACAUGAACUAAGAAUAGUUCUAAACACAAGUUAAAUUUCCCAAAAGAUUUCCUUCAUAAGGCUGAAGGUCCCUGCAGUAAUAGGAAGCCCAUAGAGGAGUAAGUGUCUUAACAAUUGUUUUUUUUUUACAUUUUUUAAUUUCUUAUAGCAACAUCAGUGUAAAAAAAUAGUAUAUGAACUCAUUUUAAAGUGCCUUCUGAAGUGGCUUCUUGUCCUUAAUUAAGCAGAAACUUGCACAGAAAAUGACCAAAUAUUUAUGCAAAUUUUUAAAACUCAGAAUUGUGAAUUGUGGGUGAAUGAGAAAAACAUCCUUAAUACUCUAUAGUUCAAUUUAAGGUAACUGGCUGGGUUUCUUUUUGAUUUACAACAUGGCCCUUCUGAUGAAUGUAAGGUACGUUAAACUCUCUGUCUAUGACAUCAAACCAACCAAAAGAUUUAAAUCUGCAGCAUUACUAUGUAUGAUGCUGACAUGGUACCAUUGACUGUUUGUCUGUAGUGCAAUAUGAAAUGGAAUACUCUAUGCCAUACUACUACAUCAGGAAAUGUAAUGUGUUAUAAACGAGUUACCACUAAGAUAUUCAUACGUUUGAGUGAGGGAGUCAUUCGAUCCCUCGCUUGCAGUUAGCCCACUUGCCAACUAGUGGUUUCUGGCAGGUACUGCAAUGUCUACACAAAAGUGCUCACUCUUUUUAUGAAGUACACUGAUCUGAUCAAUCCGUUUGAAAGUCUUUAUCCUGCACAGAUUGCCCUUCGCAAGGUCCAUCCAUACGCAUGGAGAUGGAUGUAAUAUGGUCUGCAACCAAAAUAUCAUGAAGACAGUUUGCACAUGUUUUGUAGGAAGUUCUUAUAGUGACAUGCACGCUGCACUUGUUCGUUGCUUAGUAUGCUUUAUUGGGCUUUAAGAGUGUACAUUUUUGAAGAGGACUUGAGCGAGAAGUAUUUCAGGAAAACCUUGCUCUGUCUGCAUCCAAAGUGAUUAUUUAGUCUCUACAUGUACCAGUUGAAGUUUUUUUUUUUUACAGAUUGCUUUAGUCAUCAUUUGGGAUUAGAGGCGACUCCCUCUAAAUUCCUUUAUUUCUUGUUUUCACUGUUAAACUGACAUACUUUUUUGUUUUUACAUUUUUAUGAUGAUGUCAUAUAUCUCUAUUAUUUGUUGUGGUCAAAACAGUCCAUCUUGUUUUUUGAUUUUCUAAUGUGUUUUUCAGACCUUCCCGAGACAGAUGGCUGGUGCUGCGUUCUUAAACUCCUUUUUUUUUUUAUAUAUCUUCAGUGUGUGUUGAUGAUUGUUUGCAGGAAUUUCUGAUUUAAAUUUUUUUUUUUUGUCCACUGCCUUUUGAUAUAUAUACAAAUGCACGUUGGAUGAAACCAUUUGAAACGACUAUACUGGUUAUGCCUUUUCACUCUUGUAAUCUUCAUCCAACUUUAGCUAUAGCUUUGUCAAUGAUCUCUAUGCAUUAAACCUGCCAGAGUGACAUAUAUUCUCUCUGUGACAAGCACAAGUUCCAUGUACAGUACCUUUGUUUUUGUCUGUUUUUUCAAUAAAAUGAAGGAUUUUUUUCAAGAACCUCUCAAGUGAC